AUGGAAUUUAACAUAGAGGAGGCUCUUAUAGCAAAAGAGAUCGCGGAGAAGCGAUUUGCUGAGAGAGACUAUGCUGGUGCUAAGCAUUAUGCACUAAAGGCUAAAUCACUGUACCCUGGACUGGAGGGCAUAUCUCAAAUGCUGGCCACAUUUGAUGUUUAUGUUGCUUCCGAGGCAAGAUUUUAUGGGGAAAUAGAUCAUUAUUCAAUUCUUGGACUGAAACCUUCUGCAAAUAAAGAUGCAGUGAAGAAGCAAUACAGAAAGAUGGCUGUGUUACUCCAUCCUGAUAAGAACAAAAGUGUGGGAGCUGAUGGGGCUUUCAAACUUGUUUCCGAAGCAUGGACUUUGUUGUCUGACACUACCAAGAGAAGCUUUUAUGAUCUUCAGAGAAACAAACAAUCGACAACCACAGUUAAUCAGCCUAAUUUAUCUUCCGUUCAUGCUGGUGGGGUUCCGGGUUUCAACAAUUGUUCCAAUUCGUCGGCAUCUCAUGGUAGACUUGACACUUUCUGGACUGUCUGCACUUCUUGCAAGGUUCAGUAUGAGUAUCUCCGGAAAUAUGUGAACAAACGACUUUCAUGUAAAAAUUGCCGAGGCAUUUUCAUUGCUGUGGAAAGUGGGGCAGCCCCAGCAAAUGGUUCUUUUCCUUAUCCUCCUCCUUGGUCAUAUGUGCCUAGUAAUGGGUAUGGGAAUCAUGGAUUUGAUGGGGCUACGUAUGUUCCAAGCAAUGGUACCUUUUUCCCAGGAAACGGUGUCUCAGGUUUUCAUUCUGGACACGGGUAUGAAUAUAUUCCAAAUAUGUCGUUUCAGUGGAGCUCAUAUCCUGGAACCUCUACUGGUGUUGUGGGUCCUCACGGAUCAUCGGGUAUAUCCCCGGAUGCUGUUUAUCAGGCAAAUGGAAAUGUUAAUAAAGCUGGAGUGAAGGUUAAAUCAAGGGCGAAUGGAAAACGUUCCACUACAACUGCUGUGGCUAAUAUGAAUUCGAAUAUGCCUCCUAGAUGUAAUGAGCUGCCUGAAUUUAAGAACGAUGGACUGGAUAAGAAAAGGAAAGUUACUGUGGGAGCAAAUUUUAGAAAUGGGCAUGACGAAAGAGUAUCAAAAUCUGCUUCAGAAGCAAAAUUAGCAAAUGGAAAUGGGACUCUAGGAAAUGAUCAGAAAAUUCCUAGUUCAGGAGAACUUCUUGCUAGACGUUGUUCAGUGGCACCAGCAUUUGAUGCUAAAAAGCUGUUGAUUGAGAAGGCAAGAACAGAGAUUUUGAAGAAAUUAAAUGAGAUCAAUUUGGCUUCAGAAGCGGCUGCUGCUAUAAAGAACACAAAAGGACAGGUUGAAGUGCGUCAAUCUGAAGUAACUCGAGGACAUCAAUUAGAGACAAAGAAUGCUGAGCCUCUCUCCAUAAAUGUCCCUGAUCCCGACUUCCAUGACUUUGACAAAGAUAGGUCAGAGGAAUGUUUCAAGCCAAAGCAAAUAUGGGCUUUAUAUGACGAAGAAGAUGGUAUGCCUCGCUUGUACUGUCUGAUACGUGAAGUGGUCUCAGUCAAACCAUUCAAGAUACUCAUCACUUACUUGAACUCUAAAACUGACAGUGAAUUUGGGUCGGUGAACUGGCUGGAUUGUGGGUUUACCAAAUCCUGUGGAAAUUUCAGGGCACGGAAUCUUGAUGUAGUUGAGCAAGUUAAUAUUUUCUCUCAUGUUUUGAGCCGGGAGAAAGCAGGUAGAGGAGGAUGUGUUCGGAUAUACCCGAAACGUGGAGACAUUUGGGCUAUGUAUCGCAACUGGUCGAGAGAUUGGGACAGAUCAACUCCAGAUGAAGUGAGGCACCAGUAUGUAAUGGUGGAGGUUCUUGAUGAUUACUCCGAAGAGCUUGGUGUUUGCGUGUCGCCCCUUGUCAAACUGGAUGGAUUCAAGACAGUAUAUCAAAGUAAUACAGACAGCAGUGCCGUUCAAUUGAUUCCGAGAAGAGAGAUGCUACGCUUUUCGCACCAGGUGCCGUCAUGGUUACUCAAGGGUGAAGAAAGUAACCUGCCUGGUAAGUGUUGGGAUCUGGAUCCUGCUGCAACUCCGGACGAGCUGCUUCAUGCUUCUGUGGAAGCCAGGGCUUAA